UUGAAUUGACUGAAGAUGCAUUUAUUUCUUAUCUACAACUCUCAGGUAGGUGGUGCUAGAACACCUGCUGUAUGGAAUCUUGUUCUGUAAUAUGGGGGAAGAGGAAGGAGUGCACCAAACGCAAUUACUGGACACAAUGUUUGUACGCGGACUGAAGAGAAAAUGCAUUGACGGAGAGGAAGAUAUCGAAGGAACUUUAGCUGGCUUUAAAGCUAUUCCUUCUUACAACCUACAGCGCCAGUCACUACUGGACAUGUCUCUGGUUAAACUUCAACUGUGUCACAUGCUCGUCGAACCUAAUCUCUACCGUUCGGUACUUAUAGCUAAUACGGUACGGCAGAUCCAAGAAGAAAUGACCCAAGACGGGACUUGGCAGAUGAUAAGCGCACAGAGUACAGGACCGUCUUCUUUGGACCGUCUGGUUUCGACAGACAUUCUCUGUCGUUCUUCGAAGGAGCAACCUGAAGAAAAGCUGGUCCAAGGUUAUAGUGGCUUCUCAAAAGACUUUGAAGACACGCAGUUACAAGGGAGCUCAGAAAUCUUACGGCCUGCUCCAGUGCAAGCUCCCAGAGACCUUCAGAAUAACGUGUGGGAAAUGGAGUGCCCUGCAGAAAACAGAGGAAAUUUCCACAAGUCGUUAGAUCAAAUAUUUGAAACCUUAGAAACAAAAACACCCGAUUCUGUGGAAGAUCUUUUUUCAGAAGUCGACAGUUCCUAUUACAAUCUCGACACGGUCUUAACGGGGAUGAUGGGUGGCACGAAAAUGGGACACUGCGACGUGCUCGAGACGUUUCCUCAAGCGAGCACCAGUUCUAACUCUAACUGUAAAUCGGAGCUUAACGAGCUCGAUCAUUUUGUGGAGAUCCUGGUUGAGUCUUGAGGCUGAGGGUGAAAGUGACGUCCUUUGAGGAAGCCAGAUGCGGAGCAGUCACGCUUUCAGAUAGCUUGUUCUCU